AUGGUGAUUGAGAACUUUGAGUCAUUGUCGUGUGGACACUUGAAUCACCCCGAGAUGAGUUCGUAUGAGGAAGAUAUCGAUAGGAUAUUGAAUGUGGAAAGUUUAUGGAAACUUGAUGUUCUUAAAUCUGAUUACAGAUCGGAUCCGGUCGGGAAUAAUCGGGUUAGCAAUGUUGAUGAGAGUGUUAAGGAUCUGUGUUGGUUUCGUAAUAGAGCUGGUGAUUCCUUUGCCCAGGUUUUGGGAUUUGAUUUAAGUUUCUUGGGAAAUAAUCCCCGUGACGACCCUGUUUACCCAGUCAACGGUAAGUCGGGUUGUUACAGUUCUACAUUUGAGAUCAAAUCAGGGCUUAUCCAUGUGUUGCCUACUUAUCAUGGUUCCAAUGGUGAAGAUCCAAACAAUUUUUUAUCUGAAUUCCAUGUGGUUUGUAGUAGUAUGAAGCCAACGACAGCUUCCGAUGAUGUUUUCAACCUUAGGGCAUUUCCUUUUGCAUUAAAAGAUGCCGCAAAAGAUUGGUUGUACUACUUAUCACCAGGUUGUAUCACUACUUGGACAGAUAUGAAAAGACCUUUUUUGGAGAAAUAUUUCCCAGCUUCUAAAGCAUCGACUUUGAAGAAGGAAAUUAGCAACAUAGAGCAAUGGUCAGAUGAGUCUUUUUAUGAAUAUUGGGAGAGAUUUAAGAGAUUGUGUGCAAGUUGUCCUUACCAUGGUUAUUCUGAUGAUGAUCUUAUUUUAUACUUUUAUAAUGGUCUUUUGAAUGAUGAAGUGCGAAUGGUGAAUGCAGCGAGUGGAGGUUCUUUCUUAAGAAAAACACCUACUGCCGCUAGGGAAUUGCUUGAAGAAUUAGCAGAGGGUUCAAGACAAUUUAGUAGAAGAGAAAAUCCAAGGAAAACAAGUCUUGAAGGUUCUAGCUCGUUCACAAGUUAGAGGACAAGGUGGAAGCUCUUACUUCAAUGAUGAGGGAUUUUAUGGUGAAGAACAAAACUCAACAAUUAAAAGUUUGUGGAAUAUGUUCUUUAGAUCAUGCCACUGACACAUGUCCACAACUUCAAGAGGAAACUUAUGAAGAAGCGAAAGUCAUGGGAUUUCAAGGUCAAAAUCAAAAUCUGCCAAGAAAGAAUGAUCCUUACCCCAACAGAUAUAAUCCUAGGUAUAAAGAUCAUCUAAAUUUUAGGUGGAGGCCACAAAUCCCAGCCCACCAUUUCAACAACAAAACCAUCCACCAUACCAACAACAAUUCCACCCAAGACCACAACAGCAGCAGCAACAACAACAACAACAACAUAAUUAUAGCGCUAACCCGAGUUCUAGUAUGACCACUGAAGAUAUGUUAAGGAUAUUGACUCAAAAUGUUUCAAAUAUGCAAACUCAGAUUGUUCAGAAUCAAGAGGAAACAAGGUAAAGCAUAAAAAAAUAUGAGAAACAAAUAGGCCAAAUCUCUGGAGCAGUUAGUAAGUUAGAAGCCAAGGAAUCAGAUCAGUUGCCUUCAUAAACAGAGCCAAAUCCUCGCCCCGAUGUGAGUGCCAUUACCCUAAGGAGUGGUAAGGAGUUAGUAAGUAAGGAGAAACCCUUGGUGAGUGAGAAGGAAAUUGAAGAAGAAGUUGUAGUUGAAGGCACAAGAAAAAGGAGAAAAACAAGAGGCAUUAACAUAAAAACCAUCAAUUCUAUAUGAGCCAAUUGCACCAUUUCCAGAAGCGUUAAAAGGAGGUCAAAAAUAUGACAAUGACAAGGAAAUUUAUGAUGUCUUCCGGAAAUGUGAAGUGAACAUUCCACUUUUAGAUGCUUUAAAGCAAAUCCCUUGGAAUGCAAAAUUCUUAAAAGAACUAUACACUACAAAGAGGAAGCAAAGAUUGAAGGAAAUACAAUAAGUGAAGGUGAGCGAGCAUGUCUCUGCCAUAUUUCAACAAAAACUUCCUCCAAAAUGUGGAGAUCCAGGAAACAAAACCAGAGCUUAAACAACUUCUUGACCAUUUGAAGUAUGUUUUUCUUGGAGAAAAUAAAACUCUUCCGGUGAUUAUUUCCAAUAAGCUAAAUGAUG